AUGAAAAUGAAGUCAUUUUCAGCAUUUAUGUACAGUGCCCUUUGGCUUAUUAUAUCCCAUCUGGAGUUGAAAGGUGUUGAAUCAGCAAAAGGGAAAUAUGCCCAAAAGUUAUUCAGGGAAUUGUUUGAGGACUAUUCUAAUGCUUUGAGACCCGUGGAAGAUACUGAUAAAGCACUUAACGUUACCCUUCAGAUUACUCUCUCUCAAAUCAAAGAUGUGGAUGAAAGAAACCAAAUUCUGACUGCGUACUUAUGGGUACGACUGAGCUGGUAUGAUGCAUACCUCAAGUGGGACAGAGAUGAAUAUGAUGGUUUGGACUCAAUCCGUAUUCCUAGCAACAUGGUGUGGAGACCCGACAUUGUGCUGUAUAACAAGGCAGAUGAUGAAUUCUCUGAGCCAGUAAAUACAAAUGUUGUCCUACGUUAUGAUGGUAAAAUCACAUGGGACUCACCAGCGAUCACAAAGAGUUCUUGUGUCGUAGAUGUGUCCUAUUUCCCCUUCGACGAUCAGCAAUGCAACCUGACAUUUGGUUCCUGGACCUACAAUGGCAACCAAGUGGACAUUAUAAAUGCUUUGGACACAGGGGACCUGUCUGAUUUUGUGGAAAAUGUAGAAUGGGAAAUGCAAGGCAUGCCAGCAGUAAAGAACGUCAUUACUUAUGGCUGCUGCUCUGAGCCUUAUCCAGAUGUCACUUUCACAUUGAUUUUGAAGAGGAGAUCUUCCUUCUACAUAUUCAACCUGCUAAUUCCAUGUUUGAUGAUAUCCUUUCUGGCUCCUCUAGGAUUCUAUCUCCCAGCAGAUUCAGGUGAAAAGGUGUCCCUGGGUGUAACCGUUCUCCUGGCCUUAACUGUAUUCCAGUUAAUGGUUGCAGAAAGCAUGCCUCCUUCUGAGAGUGUGCCACUGAUAGGUAAAUAUUACAUAGCGACCAUGACAAUGAUAACAGCCUCCACCGCACUAACAAUAAUUAUCAUGAACAUUCACCUCUGUGGAGCGGAAGCCAAGCCUAUUCCUCGAUGGGCUAGGGUUGUGAUUCUGAACUACAUGUCAAAGAUAUUUUUUGUUUAUGAUGUGGGUGAGAACUGUACCAGCUCUCAGAAUGAUUCCGACACCAAAUCAAAUGACAGCGUCCAUUCCUAUGAUGACUAUGACAAAGAGCAAGACUUCUACGAGACCUUCAACUGUCCUCUCUCAGAAACUGAAAAUUUUGUCUGUGACUUUGACAUUCAUAAAAAGCUCAAUAACCAAGUGGCUGGAAAUUUUGGUCUACAGUGUGAAAUUCCAGAGCGUCCACACUGUCUCCACUGCGUACACUAUAAAGUCCUGCUCAGCAACAUUGAAUACAUCACCAAUUGGUACAGGGAGCAGAAAGCAAUAAGUGCUAAAGGAAUUGAGUGGAAAAAGGUUGCAAAAGUGAUGGAUAGGUUCUUCAUGUGGGUCUUUUUCAGCAUGGUGUUCUUUAUGAGCAUUUUAAUUAUUGGAAAGGCCGUGUGA